UUCAUCUCUCUACACUAAAACAAGUCCCUUUCACUCUGUAGCAUCCAUAUGGCAUGGAUUCUUCAAGAACCAGCCUAACUUUUCCCCACAUUUGUCUCUCAACAUGCUAUAUAUAUAUAUAUAUAUAUAUAUAUUCCUGACUUGAACUUAUGUCGUCAUCACAAGCUUGAAGACUCAACAAAUUUCAGUACCAAAAUCCAACCAAGUCUCUACUAUUAUCCAUUAUUGUCUGCCACAUCUUCCCUUAGUACUAGAAAUGAGGCUGCCACAACUAAACUUGUUCUUAGUGUCAUUUUUGUUGCUCUUUGUUGCCAGAGCAAAUGGUUCUCUGCUCCCAUUCAUAGAUCCUCCCACCACUCUCUUGGCUGAUCUCUGGUCCGAUCGCUUCCCGGACCCGUUUCGAGUGCUGGAACAGAUUCCAUUUGGUGUUGACAAAGAUGAACCCUCCAUGGCUAUGUCACCUGCUAGAGUGGACUGGAAGGAGACACCAGAGGGGCAUGUUAUAAUGCUGGACGUGCCGGGGCUGAAGAGAGAAGAGAUAAAGAUAGAGGUGGAGGAGAAUAGGGUGCUGAGAGUGAGUGGUGAGAGGAAGAAGGAAGAGGAGAAGAAAGGGGAUCACUGGCAUAGAGUGGAGAGGUCCUAUGGCAAGUUCUGGAGGCAGUUCAGGUUGCCACAAAAUGUGGACUUGGAUUCUGUUAAGGCUAAGAUGGAGAAUGGGGUGCUCACUUUGACACUUGACAAGUUGUCACCUGAUAAGAUCAAAGGUCCCAGGUUGGUCAGCAUUGCUGGAGAGGAUCAGCAACAAGGUAACCUCAACAGUGAUGGGGUCAAGCAGGAGCUUUGAAUUAGUGUUAAAUGAUCAUGUUAUGUUAGUCCUUCUGAGUAAUGUCAUUAAAUGAUCUGUGAUAAAAAAGAAAGACGCUUUGUAAUUCUGUGUUUAAUUUGUGAAUAAAAAGGGUUCCACUUCCACCAAGACCUUUGGUGGUAGGGGUUACUUGUUGAUCUUUGCUGAUGAUGAGUGUGCUCAGUAUUGUAUAGCCUUUCCUAAUAUCUUAAUGAAAGAGUUUUCUUGUUCUAUA